GUGGGGUUGUGGUUCUUGUGAGUGGGCAAACAAUUUCAUCAGAUUUGUCUCUAUUACUUCCGCCUUUCUUUCUUUUGAGACUGAUCAUCCAUCACCACUAGUCUACUACUGCAUAUGCCCCUAAUUAUCAUCCCUCGAGAUUUCCAAUAACAGCAAACAAGAAAGCCUCUUUCUUUCUCUACUCAGGUUUGUUGAUAAUACCACAUCAGUUUAUUUUGGACCGCCGCAUCAUUCCCUUCAACGUCCGAAAUGGCUUCUCCGAUGGUCCCGUCUAAGAAUUUCAAGGGAUUGCAAUCAAGAAAAUCACAUUCCUGGUGGUGGGAUAGUCAUAUCAGUCCUAAAAAUUCCAAGUGGCACACUGAGAAUCUUGAGGAGAUGGACCAGAGCGUUAAGCGGAUGCUGAAGCUAAUUGAAGAGGAUGGAGACUCAUUUGCUAAAAAGGCUGAGAUGUAUUAUCAGAGGAGACCAGAAUUGAUUUCUCAUGUAGAGGAGUUCUACCGGAUGUACCGAUCUCUGGCAGAACGUUACGAUCACGUGACAGAAGAAUUAAGGAAGAGCAUUCCAUCAGAUCUCCAGUCCCAGGGCUCUGGGAUUUCUGACGUUAUCUUUGAACCACCUUCUCCUGCUGGUGAACAAAAACCAAGCCGUCUUAAAUCCGGCCCUCGAGCUGCUGGUUUUAAUUUCUUUUUGGGCUCUGGUGGCAGUAGCGAUCAUCACCGUAAAGAAGUAGACGAAUUAUCCACGUUGACGGAUUCAGAAUCAGAAUCUGAUGAUUCUUCAGUAAGCAAUUACUCAGGUCUAUCUGGGAAUAGUGGUGACCAAGGACUGUCCCGGAGAAUAAUUGAUUUAGAAAUUGAGCUUCGUGAAACGAAAGAAAAGCUACGGAUGCAGCAAGAUGAGAGUGUUGAUGGAUCAUUUAGGGGUGUCAGAAAUGAAGAUUCUGAGGAUGUUCUUGCAGAAAUUACAGGGUGUGAGCGAGAUCUGACAAUUGCAAAUGAGGAGUUACGGCUGUCAGAAGAAGAGGUUACUCGAUUGAAUACUGAGCUUCAAAAAUAUAGGUCAUCUGAAGUCUCUGAUGGUUUGCAGUCUGAGUUCGCAUCGCCAGCUGAGAGCAAGGUCAUAACCAGGGAGGUUGAACUGGAAUUUGAGGUAAAUCAAGCUUCUCAUCUUCAACAAAGGAUUGGCGGGUCGGAAGCUGAAACUUUGGACUCCAAUGUUAAGAUUCAAGCACUAAUGGAAGAACUCAGGAUUGCUAAAGAGAGGCUUCAUGUUUCAGAGAUAGAAAUAGCUACUUUGAAAAAACAACUUGAGGGUGGUGGACCAUCUGAGAAAAUCAAUAAUUUGCAAGAUCAACUGGCGUUGGCUCACAAGGAGAUAAAUACGUUGAAAAACAAGCUCAACGCAGAAAAAAGGGAGGUCUCCAAGCUGCAAGAAAGAACUGCCAGGCUGAAAACUAAUCUGUCAGACCGGGAUUGUGAGAUGAGAGAUCUUAAAAUAGCAAUGUCUGAUGCUGAGCUGAAGAUUUUUCCAGAAAAGGCACGGAUCAAGGCUGAAAUAUCUAAAUUGAUAGAGGAGAGGACAUGCUUGGAGGAGCGGCUGAAAGAACAGGAAUCACGUUGCCGUUCUUUAGAGGAUGGUAUCAGGAUGUUCCAGGCUGAGAAGGCAGAAAUGCAGGAAACACUUGAACGUGAAAUUCAGAAGUUAAAGGAAGACACUGCUGAGCGAGACAGUCGCAUAAAAUCUGAGAGAGAUGAGCUUAAUGAGAAAGCUAUUACACUUAAAGCAGGGGUAACUUCUGGAGACAACCGGGUCAAUCAAAUGGAUAAGCAUCUGCAACAAUUACACAUGGAGCAUGUCAAGCUACUUGCCGGGGCAGAAGAGGCACGUAAACUAAUGGAUGAGUUAAGAUCAAAAGCUGAGGAUUUGGAGGGAGAAGUUGAGAGGCAAAGAAUUUUAAUCCUGGAAGGAGCAGAAGAGAAACGUGAGGUAAUAAGGCAACUGUGUCUCACUCUUGAACAUUACAGGAACGGUUAUCAUACUCUACGACAGGCUUUUGCUGGGCACAAGGGAGUUCCAGUUUUGGCAACAUAAAGUUAGGUUGUGGCUGCAACUCAACUGCAAAUCUGAUAGUGCUGCAGUGCGAGUGUGAGCCCAGUCAGGUACUCAGUAGCGUAAUCAUGUAUUUCCUUUUUUUUUUUUCUGCCAUGCCUCAUGUUUGAGCUGAGUGAUGCCUGGGUUUACCAUUGUUGGUUAGUAGUCCUGUGGCAUUUCUUUGGUCUGUAUAGCAAACAUCUCAAGAAGAACUAAUGUGUUGGGGGUUCUUGAGGCCGUAAAAAUAAUUCCUCGAACAUAAAAGUAGAUGAGGAUUCUUGCAGUCAGACUCUUACCGAACCUAUUACUGAAUGGGUUUGUCUUAAUUUACCUGUACUUCGAAUAGAAGAAAUGAAAGCUUUUCCUUUUCUGCAAAA